GAGGCUGUGCCAGAGCGCCUGAGGUCAGGCUGCCUACUGCCUUCUUCUGGCUGCUCCCUCCUCUGCCGGAGCAGGUGCCACACUCAGGUUUCCCUGCAGCCGGUCUGUGUGUGACCCCGCAAAGCCAUGUGGCUGUGGCUGGCGGCCCUCGUGGGCCUGUACUACCUGGUGCGCUGGUACCGGGAGAGGCAGGUGGUGAGCCAGCUCCUGGACAAGUUCGUCUUCAUCACGGGCUGUGACUCGGGCUUCGGGAACCUGCUGGCCAGACAGCUGGACAGGAGGGGCUUGAGGGUGCUGGCUGCGUGUCUGACGGAGGAGGGGGCCGAGCAGCUGAGGCGCCAGACAUCGGACAGGGUGGAGACGGUGAGCCUGGAUGUCACCAAGACCGAGAGCAUCGUGGCCGCCGCCCAGUGGGUGCAGGAGCGCGUGGGAGACCGAGGACUCUGGGGCCUGGUGAAUAACGCUGGCGUCUCCAUGUCCACGGCCCCCAACGAGUGGCUGACCAAACAGGACUUUGUGGACGUGCUCAACGUGAACCUGCUGGGGACGAUCGAGGUGACCCUGAGCCUGCUGCCCGCAGUGAGGAGGGCCAGGGGCCGCGUGGUCAACGUCUCCAGCGUCAUGGGCCGCCUGGCACUGUUUAGUGGCGGCUACGGCAUCUCGAAGCACGGCGUAGAGGCCUUCUCGGACUCCCUCAGGAGGGAGCUGUCCCCCUUCGGGGUGAAGGUGGCCAUCAUUGAGCCCGGUUCCUUCAAGACCAACAUGGCAGACCCGAAGAGCUUCAUGCAGUCCUUACGGGCGGCCUGGGAGCGCGCCGGCCCGGAGGUCAGGGCCAUCUAUGGCGAGGAGUUUCUGGCAUCCUGUGAACAUGAAGUUGGGUCAGUCGUUCAAGUCUCCGUUCAGGCAGGACCUCCCGUUGGUGACGGACUGCAUGGAGCACGCGCUGACCGCCUGCCACCCCCGCACCCGGUACUCGCCCGGCUGGGACGCCAAGCUCUUCUUCCUCCCCAUGAGCUACAUGCCCACCUUCCUGGUGGACGCCAUCAUCCACUGGUUUUCCCCGAGGCCAGCCCAGGCCCUGUGAAGUCUCGCCCAAGGCACUAGGUGGUGCAGAGCUGGGCUGUGAGAGAGGAGAGGGGGGCGGGGCGCUCUCCGGUCUCCUUCUGCCUCUCUCCAGGAAUCUACUUGUGCUAGGUUGCCUUGGGCAGCCACUCGGAACUCCCACCUUCCUGGCUCCCAGGGGCACAUCUGAAUGGCCUUGGGCAUAGCAGGUGCAAGGAGCCCAUACCUGCUCUGCCUCCUCAGGGUGGGCGUCGGCCUGUCCACUCUGCACCUCUCACGGGGACACCUGUGCACAGGUGGGGAUGGGCAGAAGCAAACCCCACCCCUGCCCAGCAGCCUGGGAGGGGACUCAGCCGGCGCUGGCAGGUGGGACACACCUCAGUAGGUUCUCGGUGUAUGACACACAAACCAAUUUAGCAUUUGUCAUAAAUC